CACACACACACACACACAGAUGUAAACAAAGUCAUGUGAUUUCUUGCAGCUUGGAGAAGAACUGAAAGUGAAAGUAUUCAGCUGAUGUCUCUGUUGUUCAGACGCCAUUUUUAAAGGGCAGCGCAGCAGCAGGAAACUGUCGACUGAGGCUGUCAGUUUUAGUGGUUUCUCUGUCAGACUGGCUGAAGUCCUGAAGAUGAGUGUUUGUGUGGAGGACAGAGGAGAGUCUCCAGGACCCAGCUGUCUGUCUAUGAGGAGUGACUGGUAUAAAGACGAACCUCCAGGUUUCAAUAAUGAACCUGGACCCUCAGACUCACAAGGUCAGAACCACAGACUGAGAGCAGAGUCUCCAGGAUCCAUCUGUCUGUCUAUGAAGAGUGACUGGUCCAAAGACGAACCUCCAGUCUUCAGUGAUGAAUCUGGACCCACAGACUCACAACUGAAGAGGAGGAGCCAUGUCUCUGUGUCCUGCUGUGCUCUGUGUCAGGACGUCCUGAAGGAUCCAGUCUCUACCAGCUGUGGACACUGGUUCUGCAGACAGUGCUUCACCUCAUACUGGGACCAGUCUGGUUCUUCAGGAGACUCCUCCUGUCCCCAGUGUGGAAAAAGACCCAGAACAAGACCUGGACUGCAGACAGCCAGUCAGACCAGCACUGAACAAACAGAUAGUGGUCUGCAGGAGGUUUUACAUCAACAUAAGAUCAGUCUGAGGAGCAGAUGUGAACAUGUGACUGAAGGAACUGAUGGAACAGGAAGUGGAACCCUCCUCAACAGGAUCUACACUGAGCUCCACAUCACAGAGGGACAGAGUGAAGAGGUUAAUACCCAACAUGAGGUGAGGCAGCUGGAGACAACUUCCAAGAAGAACACCCUCCAUGACGCUCCAAUCAGGUGCCACGACAUCUUUAAAGCCUUACCUCUCCGACAGAGACACAACAUCUCUAAAGCCUUACCUGACCAACAGAGAGAAGACGUCUUUAAAGCCUCACCUGACCAACAGAGAGAAGACGUCUUUGAAGCCUCACCUGUCCAACAGAGAGAAGACGUCUUUAAAGUCUUACCUGUCCGAAAGAGAAUCGACAUCUUUGAAGCCUUACCUGUCCAACAGAGACGCCGCAUCUCUAAAGCCUUACCUGUCCGACAGAGACGCCGCAUCUCUAAAGCCUUACCUGUCCGACAGAGACGCCGCAUCUCUAAAGCCUUACCUGUCCGACAGAGACACGACAUCUUUGAAGCCUUACCUGAACAGCAGAGAGAAGACAUCUUUAAAGUCUUACCUGAACAACAGAGAGAAGACAUCUUUAAAGUCUUACCUGAACAACAGAGAGAAGACAUCUUUAAAGUCUUACCUGACCAACAGAGACGCUGUAUCUCUAAAGUCUUACCUGUCCGACAGAGACGCCGCAUCUCUAGAGCCUUACCUGUCCGACGGAGACACAACAUCUCUAAAGCCUUACCUGUCCAACAGAGAGAAGACGUCUUUAAAGCCUCAGCUGACCAGCAGAGACCCAUCAGAGUGGUUCUGACCAACGGCGUCGCUGGCGUUGGAAAAACCUUCUCGGUGCAGAAGUUCUCUCUGGACUGGGCAGAGGGCUUGGAGAACCAAGAUGUCCGUCUGCUGGUUCUGCUUUCGUUCAGGGAGCUGAACCUGAUCAGAGAUCAGCAGUACAGUCUUCUCAGGCUGCUCCAUGUUUUCCAUCCAACAUUACAGAAGGUCACAGCAGAGCAGCUCGCUGUCUGUAAAGUUCUGUUCAUCUUUGACGGCCUGGAUGAAAGCAGACUGUCACUGGAUUUCAACAACAGGAAGUCUGUGUCUGAUGUCACACAGGAGUCAUCAGUCAACGUGCUGCUGACAAACCUCAUCAGGGGGAAUCUGCUUCCCUCGGCUCUCGUCUGGAUAACUUCCAGACCUGCGGCGGCCAAUCAGAUCCCUCCUACAUGUGUGGACAGGGUAACAGAAGUACAUGGCUUCGCUGACGCCCAGAAGGAGGAGUACUUCAGGAGGAGAUCCAGUGAUGAAGAGCUGUCCAGCAGAAUCAUCUCACACAUCAAGACGUCCAGGAGCCUCCACAUCAUGUGUCAAGUCCCAGUCUUCUGCUGGAUCACUGCUACAGUUCUGGAGCACAUGUUGACCACAGACCAGAGAGGAGAGCUGCCCCAGACCCUGACUGACCUGUUCUCACACUUCCUGCUGGUUCAGACACAGAGGAAGAACAACAAGUACCAUGAGGGACGUGAGACGAGUCCACAGGAGCUGACGGAGGCUGACGGGGAAGUUCUUCUGAAGCUGGGGAGGCUGGCGUUUGAACAUCUGGAGAAAGGAAACAUCAUGUUCUACCAAGAAGACCUGGAGCAGUGUGGCCUUGAUGUCACAGAGGCCUCGGUGUACUCAGGACUUUGUACUGAGAUCUUCAGAAGAGAGAGUGUGAUCUUCCAGAAAACAGUCUACUGCUUUGUUCAUCUGAGCGUUCAGGAGUUUCUGGCUGCAGUCUACAUGUUCCACUGUUACACCAACAGGAAGAGAAAGGUCCUGGAGAACUUCCUGAGGAAACAACAUGUUGAUUUAACCCUGGAUGUCCUCCUGAGGAGAGCCAUGGAGAAAUCCUUCAGAAGUGAAAAUGGUCACCUGGACCUGUUUGUUCGCUUCCUUCAUGGCCUCUCUCUGGAGUCCAACCAGAGACUCUUAGGAGGUCUGCUGGGUCAGACAGAGAACAGUCCAGAAACCAUCCAGAGAGCCAUCAACAACCUGAAGGAGAUGAAGAGUUAUUUUAUCUCUCCUGACAGAAGCAUCAACCUCUUCUACUGUCUGAUGGAGAUGAAGGAUCACUCAGUUCAUCAGGAGAUCCAAGAGUUCCUGAAGUCAAAGAACAGAUCAGAGGAGAAACUCUCUGACAUCAACUGCUCAGCUCUGGCCUACAUGCUGCAGAUGUCAGAGGAGGUUCUGGAUGAGUUGGACCUGAAGAAGUUCAACACAUCAGGGGAGGGACGACGGAGACUGAUCCCAGCUGUGAGGAACUGCAGGAAGGCUGAACUUGAUUAUUGUGGGCUCUUAGAGACUCACUGUGAAGUCGUGGCCUCAGCUCUGAAGUCCAACCCCUCCCACCUGAGAGACCUGGACCUGAGUCACAACCCUAACCUACAGGAUUCAGGAGUGAGGAUCCUGUCUGCUGGACUGGAGAGUCCAAACUGUCGACUGGAGACUCUGAGCUUGAGUUUCUGCAAGUUGUCAAAGAUCAGCUGUGAUUUUCUGGCCUCGGUUCUGAAGUCCAACCCCUCCCAUCUGAGACACCUAGACCUGAGAGGAAACAACCUGCAGGAUUCAGACAUGAAGGAUCUGUAUGAUCUUGUGGAGAGUCCAGACUGUAGACUGGAGACUCUGAGAUGGAGAAACUAUAGGAAUGAUAUUGAAGAGGACGGUGUGUAUGUGUGUGUGCGUGUGUGUAUGUGAAGCAGUGAUGACUCUGCAGUCUAAACUGAUCUGAGUCACACACACAAUCCAGUCCACCAUCCCCCCUGUGUGACUCCCCCCAUGAAAAUCAAGUGUUAAUAUGUACAUAUGAUGUUUUUAUAUAUUAAAAACCAAUCCCAGCUGACAUUGGGCGAGGGCGGGGUUCACUCUGGACAGGUCGAUUAAACAUAUGAUGAGUGAAAUAAUCAUCAACACCAUGACUGAGUGUUUCUACCUUGAACUGCAGUGAACCAAUGACAGUCUCAUAACAACAGACUCAGGCAGCCAGAGUGUCAUACGUCACAAACCUAAGGAACCAAUCCUGUCAGCUUGUGGGGACGGGGGGGCGGGGUUAAAUAAAUGUAAAAAAGUAAGUAAGUAAAGAUGUAUUUAUACAGCAACAUUCACAGAUAAAAAAGUGCUUUACAUCAGAAAAUAUACAAAAGUUCAAGAAAACAAAAUGUAUUCUUACCUGCUGUUUGGCGUGUUCAUAUUUAUACUGUACACAGCUGACCUGCACCUUGUACACGUUUAUAUCCAGGUGUUUAUUAAGUAUAUUAUGUCUAAUACCAGAACUCUCCUUCUUCCUCCUUCAUUGUAAUUUAUUCAUCUCUGUAAGUAGAGUAUGUGCAUUCCUAUACUGUUUGCACUGAGACAGUUGGGCAAUAAAGUUGAAAGUAAUCUAAAAAUUAUUUUAAAAAUAAAUCACAGUUCAUAUCUAAUCCUGACAGAUUUUAAUUGAACUGAAUCAGAAACACUUUUAUACUUCAGCAGUUGAAAAUGUUUCCAAGUUCUUUUUCAUAUUUUUUUUUUCUUUUUUUCUGUCUGAGAUAUGAGACAUGAGACACACUGUAUGGAAAUAUCUGUUUGAUGCUGAAUGUCAAUAAAAAAAAAAGGUAAAAGAAAA